AUGUCUUCGUUUAUAAAUCAUCGCGAGGAUAGUACAGUUAGUGUGGACGAAGCUACAACAAAAGACAAUGUAACUUAUUACAAAAUAACUGUUAAAGUGGGGACAAUUCGGUGGACCGUGUUACAUCGAUACAGUGAUUUUGUUGAACUACAUGAAAAACUAGUGUCGGACCAUGGCGUAGCAAAAGAGUUACUGCCUCCAAAAAAAGUUAUACGGAAUAAAACUCCGAAGUUUGUGGAGCAGAGAAAAGAGGCUCUAUGCGAAUAUUUGAAGAAUGUUUUUAAUUAUUUAAGGCUCACAAUGCCGUCCCAAUUUGCUCAGUUCUUAGACUUCCAUUUGUAUGAUAUAUUUUUUUUGCUACAAGUUUUAGCAAAGAAACUUUUCUUAGAAGGAGAUAAACUGUUACAAAAUGAAAAAUCGCAUUAUUUUACUCCUGUAGAGCUUCAUGCAAUAAGUGAACGUCUAAAAAUGGCAUGUCCACCGACUGAAAAGACAGACCAGAUGUAUGACUUCAGCCAUAUCCUAGAUUUCUGUUCACAAAUUCAGUCACUAAACAUUGAGGGGAGCUAUGAAAAACUUGGUACAAGUAACAUUAUACCAAACAAUUUACAUUUUGACCUCAUCCCUUUUAAGUCCCUGACAGACUUAAAGAUACUCGGUGUGCCAAUGGGGUGCAUACAUAGUGUUGGAGGUCUACGGGACACACUUGUUAGUCUAUCUGUGUUCACUGCAAGUGUAGUGUCUCUCAAUGAGUUUCUAUUAGUCGACAUCCUGCAUAAAGACCCCUCCAGCAUUGCUGACACUGUUAAAUGGAAAAAACUGUCGCUUAUAAACUUCUCAAGCAACAACACACAAAACGUGGACUGGGCCAUUCGCCUCGUACCUCGCCUGCAACAAUUAAAUUUGUCGUCAAACAAACUGCGGGAACUGUGCGACAUAUCCUGUCUGCAUGACCUAAGGGUGCUCAACCUAUCCAUGAACAGCUUCUCUAUCUGUGACAACUGGCACGCCAAGAUUGGUAACAUAGUUAAAAUAGACCUAUCACAGAACAAAGUCGAGGGUCUGCAAGGGUUCUCAAGGUUAUACUCUUUGGAGAGUCUCGAUUUAAGUUGUAAUGUUAUUUCUGAUGUGGAGGAAGUACAACAUAUAUGUCGAUUGCCGUGUUUGGAAUAUCUAUGGUUGACGGCCAAUCCCGUAGCGUCGUCCAUAGAUUAUAGAGUGAAGGUGAUAGAGCAGUUCAAUGGUAGAAUGACAGAGAUAUGUUUAGAUAACGAAAAGGCAUCUGAAAAGGAACUUGAUACGGCCAGGGUUUUGCAAGCUCUUAGGAUAGUGAAAGAAGGUAAGACACCCAGUUUUCUACAGAACAAUAAUACAAGCCACAGCUUUAAUAAGAGUUGA